AAUAAAAAACAGGGGGUUUACUCCACACCUAAUCCGUACCUCCAUUCCCAAAACUCCUCUCAUUUCCAUACCUGGGGUUUAUAGUAUCGUCAAUGGAGUUGUAGACAAAUCCUAAUUUCUAGGGUUUUUAUCAAGGAGAGCUUUUCAAAUUCAUACCAAAAUCGUUGCUCAAGGACACUGCAAAUGUCGUUCUUGACAUUGAAAACUCCAUUUAUAUCUUCACAUUCUUCUUCAUCAUCUUCUGUUCUCGCAUCAUGUCAAAGUAAUCAGCUCCUGCGAUUGUGUUCUUCUUCGUCACUUUACGUUGCUAGAAAGCGGACGUUUAGUCGAGGGAAGUUAAGAUGGAGAGCUGAAUCUCAACAACAGGAUUCUUCGCAAAACAGCAACAGUAGUGAUUCAAAACAACCCAACGGUUCCGUGACAAGCAGGAGGGAUAUUCUAUUGGAGUAUGUGAAAAAUGUUCAGCCAGAGUUUAUGGAGUUGUUUGUUAAAAGAGCUCCACAGCAGGUUGUAGAUGCCAUGCGCCAAACUGUAACAAACAUGAUCGGGACACUACCCCCUCAGUUUUUUGCUGUAACUGUUACAACUGUUGCUGAGAAUCUAGCACAGCUCAUGUACAGCGUAUUGAUGACUGGAUAUAUGUUCAGAAAUGCACAAUAUCGGUUAGAAUUACAACAAAGUUUGGAGCAAGUUGCACUCCCUGAUACAUCAUCACAAGAGAGAAAGGAUGCAGCAGAUUUUGCACCAGGGACACAGAAGAAGGUAGAAAGAAUAUCUGCAAAUGGAUCAAAUGAAUUGUUGGAUUAUCUCAAGUCCCUUGAGCCCCAAAAUCUUAAGGAUUUGACAAGUAGUGCUGGGGAGGAUGUUGUGGUUGCCAUGAACACAUUCAUAAAACGUCUGUUGGCUGUUUCAGAUCCUACUCAAAUGAAGACUAGUGUGACAGAAACGAGUGCCCCGGAACUUGCGAAGCUGCUUUAUUGGUUAAUGGUGGUGGGAUACAGCAUACGUAACAUUGAAGUUCGUUUUGAUAUGGAACGAGUUCUUGGAAGUCCACCUAAGCGUCAAGAACUACCUCCGGCUGAAAACAUCUAAUAAUAAUAACUCCUUUGACUUAUUCAACCCACCCAAGAUUUUUCGCAUUUUAUAAAAAAACCGAAAAUGGUAGGUGGGUAAGGAAGGAACUGCCUUAAGUUUUGUUGUUGGAGUAUUGUAACUUUUUAGGGUAUUUCUUAUUUUUAUAUUAGGAGAUAACAUUUCAUUCUUAAGGUUGCAUGAUUGUAUCCCGUAGCUAUAUGCCUAUGCCAAUUCAAAGCUCCU